GCCACGGUGAGCUGGUGCGAGCGCUUUAUGGUCCUGAGGUAAAGAGAGAGUGUGAGAGUGUGUGAGGAGUUUAAAGUGUCAGCGGCGCUCUGGAAAUAAACAUGCGAGCUGUUUUGGGUGUGCUGGUGUGCUCCUUGAUGGUCCUCUCCAUCCAUGGACUCUACUCUGCUAGUGACGAUGUGAUCGAGCUCAAUCCUUCAAACUUCAACAAGGAGGUUCUGCAGAGUGACAGUUUGUGGCUGGUGGAGUUUUAUGCCCCCUGGUGCGGACACUGCCAGAACCUGGUCCCAGAAUGGAAGAAAGCAGCCACGGCUUUGAAGGGUGUCGUUCAAGUGGGUGCUGUUGAUGCCGACCAGCACAAAUCACUGGGAGGCCAGUAUGGAGUCCGUGGUUUUCCCACCAUCAAGAUCUUUGGUGCUAACAAGCAUAAGCCUGAGGAUUACCAAGGUGGACGCAGCGGUCAGGCCAUUGUUGAAGCAGCUCUGAAUGCAGCACGAUCUCUUGUGAAGGACAGACUGAGUGGAAAAUCUGGAGGUUCUGACUACAGCAGACAGAGUUCUGGUGGUAGCAGUGGUGGCAAUAAGAAUGAUGUGGUCGAGCUGACGGAUGAUAACUUUGACCGCGUGGUUUUGGGCAGUGGUGAUGUGUGGCUGGUGGAGUUCUUUGCCCCGUGGUGUGGACACUGUAAAAACCUUGAGCCUGAAUGGACGGCUGCAGCUACUCAGGUCAAAGAGCAGUCCGGUGGUAGAGUGAAGCUGGGAGCUGUAGACGCUACUGUUCAUCAGGGUCUGGCAAGCCGCUACGGAAUCAGAGGAUUCCCGACUAUUAAGAUCUUUCGGAAAGGAGAGGAGCCAGAGGACUACCAGGGUGGACGCACACGCGCCGACAUCAUUGCCUAUGCCAUGGACCUUUACUCAGACAACGCCCCUCCUCCAGAAUUACGAGAGAUUCUGAAUGAAGACGUUUUAAAGGAGACUUGUGAGGAUCAUCAGCUUUGUAUCAUUGCUGUUUUGCCUCAUAUUCUAGAUACAGGUGCAGCAGGAAGAAACGCUUAUCUGGAAGUCAUGAUGAAGAUGGCGGAGAAGUACAAGAAGAAGAUGUGGGGCUGGCUGUGGACUGAAUCCGGAGCUCAGAUGGAACUUGAAGCCUCUUUGGGGAUCGGUGGUUUCGGCUACCCAGCCAUGGCAGCUAUUAACGCUCGCAAAAUGAAGUAUGCCCUUCUUAAAGGCUCCUUCAGUGAGACGGGAAUCCAUGAGUUCUUAAGGGAUCUCUCUGUUGGGCGUGGUUCCACUGCCACAAUAGCAGGUGGGGCUUUACCCAAGAUCCACAGUGUAGAAGCCUGGGACGGGAAGGAUGGAGUCCUUCCUGUGGAGGAUGACAUUGACUUGAGUGAUGUGGAUCUGGAUGACUUGGACAAGGAUGAAUUAUGAGUUCAUGGGCAGUGCAAGGCUUGUCCAGUUUGAGCCGGUCUGCGAGCUACCUCUCCUCUCCCAUGGAUGAGGGGAAAACUGGGACAUUAAGUUACUGAACACUCUUGAAACAAAGACAUGUCUCACUUUUAACUUCUCUCCAAUCGUUUGAAAUGAGGCGGGAUGGGGGUUUAAACCGUGGUUGCUUUAGCUUUGCCUCACAGGCCUCCUUUACCUUGAUUUGGGUUUGCUGAUAAGGAUAUAGAACAGAAUUAUUAUUAUUUUUCCCCCUCCCCUGUCCAGUUGUUCCCAGCAUACAUGGCUUCAUAAUAAGGUUUAUUUGCUCUAUUCCAAUAAAAUCCCAGAUGGUAUUCCAGUGACGUCCGUUCCUCAGUGAACAAUGCCUGAAACAGGAUAAAGCCCCAUUAAUUACUGACACAGGCCGUUUGCUGAGGAAAGGAAACGACUCUAGACUACCGGAUGCAGUCCUGAGUGGUUUUCCACACCUCGUCCUGGAUUUAACCUGCCGUUUCCCCUGCUGAAAGUCCGAUUGAGGUUUUCCUUUCAAAAUAACUUUUUAAUGUGAGAAGUGAGUUGGUAAAUCUGCUUUCCGCUGUAUUUGUGCUGGACAGGAAGUAAAGUGAGGACUGUGUAGAUUUUUUCUUACAUGAGUGUGUUUAAUGUUUUUGUUAUGAAAAUAAAAAAGGAACAUAGAUAAAA